AUGGAUAAAGCAUCCCUCGCUCAACAAUCUGUUGGUUCAAUUGUUGCUAACAGCUUCUCAACAGCUAAUGUCUUUGCAAAAUUCGGCAUUGACUUUUGCUGCCAUGGUUAUGUAAAAUUAUUAGACGCUUGCAAGACCGCAAAAGUCCCACUUGAUACAGUUUACGACGCUCUUAUGGAGAACGAGAAGAGCCAGAAGUCAAAUGGUAUCGAAUUCUCAAAGUGGCCACUUGAUUUGUUGAUCGAUUACGUUCUUAAGACACACCACCGCAACAUUCGCAAAUACGGUCCAGAAACACUUAAGCUUAUCAGCAAGGUCGUCAAAGUUCAUGGCGAAAAACAUCCAGAGUUACAUGAAGUUAAGAAGAACUUCCUCAACUCUCUCAAUGACCUAGAAAACCACUUACAGAAGGAAGAACAAGUCUUAUUCCCAUUCGUAUACCAACUUUGCGAAGCUGAUGCAAAGGGAUUAACAAUGGGCAGAAUGCACUGCAUGACUGUUGAUAAUCCAAUCAGAGUUAUGAUGGAAGAACACGAGAAUGAAGGUGCUAGAUACUUCCAUAUGGCUAAACUCACAAAUAACUACACAGCUCCUGCUGAUGGCUGCAACUCUUAUAAACUUGCUUACAGCCAGAUUAAGCAGUUCAAUGAAGCUUUGUUUGAACAUAUUCAUAUAGAAAAUAACCUCAUCUUCCCUCAGGCUUCUGCUCUUGAGAAGAAAAUUGUUUUUGGUGCUGAAUAA